AUGACUCAUGCAAUGGCCACCUUCAUGGCUUUUUAUCAUGCUAACAAGAUCGAAGACUGGACAUGUAAUAACCUGGUGGGAUAUUAUCGUGACAAAACGGAGAAAAAAGAUUGGAAGAAGGUAUUAGAUUGGAUCAAAAAAGAUCUCAUUAGGGUGACAAGUACUAUAAGUCAACUAAACAAUCUGACCGGAGAUUCAACACAAAAUUUCGACAAUUGUCGUAUAACUUCGGGAAAACGAGACAGAGAAGAAACGGAAAGAGCCUCGCCUCGAUUAAAAAAGAGCGAUAAUGAUGAGUCACAAGAACUUUGUGAUUCAGAUAGUGACCCCAUAUCAGAUCAUAAAUUACCUGACGAAUUAUCUGAGUUUGUUAGCAUCAAAAUACCUACGACUUUUGAUGAUAUGGAGGAAUUCGCCAAAAGUAUGCCAACCCUUAUGGAUUUUCAGGUUGAUGUCUUGCGGACUGUUAAGCUGAUAAAUAAGAAACCAAUUGAAGAUCAAAAGGUGUAUAAAUCCGAAGUUAAAAACACGCCACAAAAAGACCGAGAAAAAAAGAAAGCCACUAAUAAUACCUUACCGUCAUAUCCUGAAUCACCUUGUCCUGGAUCACCAG